ACCCACGUGGGGGAAUCGCGCGUUCUUCUCUUUGUGUCCGGGGUAGGAAGAAGCUCCUACCUUCCAAGCUGAGUCGCCUUUGGGCUAGACUUCCCCGGCGCUUCUGGCUUUAGGCGGUGCUUUAAGAGCAGCAGUAGGCGAGAAGUGCCCGCCGAGCCAAGGAGGCUGUCCCAAGAGGUUUUCAAGGUGUCCACAGGACCACGAUUCUGCUGCGUUGGGCUAUAGGGGGCUUGGGCCGCGGGGCGUUGUUCUGGGCGAGCAGGAUGCCAAAGCGAGGGAAGAAGGAAGUAUCUAAGAAGGAUGGAAUCAGUGAGGAGGAGCCAGAGACUAAAGAGCCUGAGCCUAAGAAGACUAAGAAGGGUGCAAAAGAGAAGGAGGCAGCAGGGGAAGGAUCUGCCACAUACGAGGACCCCCCAGACCAGCAGACCUCACCUAGUGGCAAACCUUCUACACUCAAGAUAUGCUCCUGGAAUGUGGAUGGGCUUCGGGCCUGGAUCAAGAAAAAGGGUCUGGAUUGGGUAAAGGAAGAAGCUCCUGACAUCCUUUGCCUCCAAGAAACCAAAUGUUCAGAGAGCAAGUUGCCACCUGAGCUUCAGGACCUGCCUGGACUUACCUACCAGUACUGGUCCUCACCUGCUGAUAAAGAAGGAUACAGUGGUGUUGGUCUCCUUUCCCGACAGUGCCCACUCAAAGUUACCUUUGGCAUUGGUGAAGAGGAGCAUGAUCAGGAGGGCCGGGUGAUAGUGGCUGAGUUUGAGGCAUUUGUGCUGGUGACAGCAUAUGUGCCUAAUGCAGGACGAGGGCUGGUUCGACUGGAAUAUCGACAAAAAUGGGAUGAGGCAUUUCGCAAGUUUUUGAAAGGGCUAAGUGCCAAAAAGCCUCUUGUGCUCUGUGGGGACCUCAACGUGGCCCACGAAGAGAUUGACUUGCGCAAUCCCAAGGGGAACAAGAAAAAUGCUGGGUUUACCCCACAGGAACGCCAAGGUUUUGGGGAGCUGCUCCAGGCAGUGCCACUGACUGACAGUUUCCGUCAUCUCUAUCCAGAGGCAGCUUACGCUUAUACUUUUUGGACCUAUAUGAUGAAUGCCCGAGCCAAGAAUGUGGGCUGGCGGCUUGACUAUUUCUUGUUGUCUCAGUCCUUGCUCCCUGCCCUAUGUGACAGUAAGAUCCGGUCCAAAGCCCUAGGUAGUGACCAUUGUCCUAUCACCCUCUUGCUGGCAUUGUAAUUCUUUUACAAUUUAAACCGGGUCUUCAGCAACCAGAAUCCGGGACUGUUUCUUUAAUUUUGAGAAUGCUGUUGUUGAAUAAAGAACCAUAGAGGUCCA